GCUGCGAUGAUUCAAAUUGCGAGGCUUCAGACCGAGCGCCGGCACGAGCCUCGAUAAGAGUCCAAAAAGAUUCCUGAAGAAAGUGAAGGCUCGUGAAAUAUCAAGGAGAGUAGAACGUUGAAGGCUGAUGCACUUCGGAAUGCGUUCUAAGUGCCCAGCGAAGUCGCACAAGUCAAGCUCAAGAAGAAAAAGCACGAAGGGUGGCGGGUCGAAUGGGAGAGUGCUCGUCUUCUUAGUCUCGCGAGUCUUCUUGUCGACUACCGCUGAAUGUGAUCAAGUGCCGCGAGGGGCGAAUGCAUGUCCACGAGCCGUCUCUUCGAGAGCGAUGGCACGUUGCGCUCUCAAAGGACAAGCACAGUCCAGUCAGUAGUUGCCAACCAAUAGUCGCUUGAUCCAACCUACUGCGAGAUCGGAGAAUUUCGUUGACCCUCGGCAAUCUGUUCUCUGCAUGAGCGUUCGGCAGGAACCUGCAAGCGUGGUCGUCAAGCCUUCCUGCACACUCGCGAGAGGUACUACUGUAGCAUGUGACUGUGCUCGUAAGUG